CCGCACCGCACCGCACCGCAGCCAUGAAGUACAAGAAUCUUAUGGCAAGAGCCCUGUACGACAACGUCCCGGAGUGCGCGGAGGAGCUGGCCUUCCGCAAAGGAGACAUUUUGACGGUGAUAGAGCAGAACACGGAAGGCCUUGAAGGAUGGUGGCUCUGCUCCUUGCACGGCCGGCAAGGCAUCGUUCCAGGCAACCGCGUGAAACUGCUCAUAGGCCCCGUGGUGCAGGACGGCCCUUCUGCUCAGGAUAUGUCCAAUUCGGGACUGACGCAUCCAUCCUUCAACCAGCAAAAAAUCUACCAGGUGCCCAGCUCGCACGCCGUUGCACGGGACCCCGUGUACCAGGUGCCGCCUUCCCACCUGAAUCAGGGAAUCUACCAGAUCCCCACGAGCCAUGGCCUCGUGGGGCACGAUGUUUACCAAGUGCCACCCUCCAUGCAGAGGAGCCUAGACGUUCCUCCAGCAAACAACGUAAUAACUCCAGUCAGGUCAGGCCAAGGUUAUGUUUAUGAGUUCCCUUCCAAAUACCAGAAGGACACCUACGAUAUCCCCCCCGUUCGCCCUCUCCAAGGGAUAUAUGACAUUCCCCCAGCAUCCGCUAAGGGGCCUACAUAUCCAGUCCCCAUGGGAGAAGCAAAAGCUUUAGGCAUCUAUGAUAUACCGCCUACCAAAGGGAUCUAUGCUCCACCACCACCUGUGUGCCGAGAUGAUACAGGCCUGAGGGAAAAUCUGCAGGAUUUUUCAUCCCCCCUGGGCCACAGUGCCAGACCAGAAGGAGUUUACGAUAUUCCUCCUCCCAUCACCAAAGCAACUGGGAAAGAACUUAGUCAGAAAUAUUCUCCUGAGGGAAUUUUAUCGACUGAUGGAGUGCCACGCAAGCAGAGCGUGUACGACAUCCCUGUGAACCAUCAAAACCAGUUUCUCGGGCAGCAAAUUGCACCUCAGAAGGAUGUGUACGACACCCCACGGGGCACGGCCUUUCCAGGACAGCAGACAGGCCUAAAUGAAAGUGGAAUCUCCGAAGGAAGUGAGGGUGUCUAUGAUGUGCCACCAGCCAUGCUACAAGACACUAAAGGCUUCCAGGAUGUGACCGACGGGAUAAACAGGCUGUCUUUCUCCAGCACGGGAAGUACCAGGAGUAACAUGUCCACAUCGUCAACAACAUCAAAGGAGUCUUCUUUCUCAGCGUCCACCGCGCCGGACAAAAGACUAAUCCUGGAUCCAGACACAGCCAUAGAGAGGCUUUACUGCCUCCAGCAGAUGAUGGAGGCGGGUGUGGGUAACCUCAUGGCCUUCGUGACCGCCGACUGGCGCUCCUACGGCUACCUGGAGAAGCACCUCAACGACAUCCGCGCCGCCGUGGACGCCGUGGAGCGCUCGCUCGUGGCCUACCUGCAGUUCGCACGGGGCUCGGCCGCCAACGCCGCCUGCUUGGCCGACGGGAGCCUCUACAACAAAAUGAGGCGGGAGGUGCAGAGGCUGGAGGACUCCCACCAGAUCCUCACGCAGACCAGCCACGACCUCAACAGCUACAGCUGGUCUUUGAACGUCCUCGCGGUCAACAGGCCGCACAACAAGUGUGACGACCUGGACCGCUUCGUUAUGGUGGCGAGGACGGUGCCGGACGACGCCAAGCAGCUGACCACGACCAUCAGCGUCAACGCCCCAGCGCUCUUCCCGCCGGCGCUGGGCGGCUCGCGGGGCAGGAGCGCCGCGGAGAGCGGCCCCCGCGCGCCCCAGUCCGGCGAGAGGAGCCGCGAGCCGUGGGGCGGCCCCGGCGCGCUGCCGGCCAAGGAGCAGCACCCGCCCGGGACCCACGGCGAGAGCUCGGGGAAGAGCUGGAUGGAUGACUACGACUACGUCCACCUGCAGGGGAAAGAAGAGUUUGAAAGACAACAGAAGGAGCUACUGGAAAAAGAAAAUAUCAUGAAGCAGAGCAAAAUGGAGCUAGAGCACCAUCAGAUCAACCAGUUCCAGCGCCUGGAGCAGGAGAUCACCAAGCCCGUGGAGAACGACCCGUCCAAGUGGAAGGCGCCGCCAGCCCUGCAGGCAGCCGGCAGCCCCACUGCCUCCCACGACCGGCAGCUGCUUUCCUUCUACUCGGAGCAGUGCGGCACCCACCACGCCUCGCUGCUCAAGGCCAUCGACGCCUUCUUCGGCUGCCUCAACGCGGCGCAGCCGCCGCGCAUCUUCGUGGCGCACAGCAAGUUCGUCAUCCUCAGCGCCCACAAACUCGUCUUCAUCGGGGACACGCUCGCACGGCAGGCGAGCAGCCAGGACGUGCGCAACAGGGUGAUGAACUCCAGCAACCAGCUGUGCGAGCUGCUGAAGAGCAUCGUGAUGGCCACCAAGGUGGCUGCCCUGCACUACCCUCACACGGGAGCCCUGCAGGACAUGGUGGACCGAGUGGCAGAGCUCUCCCAUCACGCACAGUUGUUUAAACUCUCCUUAGGCCAGAUGGCAUCGCUAUGAAACAACAGGCGUGAGCCAGUCCAUGAACAGUGAAACAGAGAAAACUGCAAACUGGAGAUAUUUUAUGUAAAGCGUUAUCAUUGGGUUUUUUAAUAAAUAUUUUAUAUGAAGUAUUUUAAAUACAUUUUUAUGGCUUAGAGAAUCUAAUGAAAUCAGGGAUCUGGGAAUAGAUCUGGUUCCGUAUUAUGGUUCUAAUAUACAUCUAGAUAUGUAUACACUGCAUAUAUGUAUAUGUUGCUAUGUUCCCUAGACAUCAUUAAGCACCUUAAAAGUACAUGUCGGGUAAGCAGUGCCUCUCUCUGUAUAUACUGCCUGUUUCUCAGUAUACUUGUUAACUGGAUGCUGCACUCUUCUUGUUUCAUUCCAGCUUAAGUUUGGCCCAUGGACCUGGCUGGGAAAGCUACCUGUAGCAAUCCAUGAAGCCAACGUAGCGGUUCUCAUAGAACCAACCCCACUCCCUUCUUAAAAGCUAUUUUCUCUGGGUUAAUUCCCUGACCUUUAGCUUUCCCUUCUUGGCGUGGUUUGGCAGACAGGAUUCCACCAUUGUGAAAAGCAGAACUGUAACGAACAGCACAUCCAAGUGCACUAAGCCCCUGGGAGCAAAACACGUGGAGGCGACGACUUAAGAGACAGACCCUUCUAUGCAGGAUUAUGCUCAACAGAAAAAUCUGAGUGCCACAAGGCAUUUCUGAUAACUGUGCAACAUGGCAUUUCCCAGCAGUGUAAAUGUAUGUGCUUGCCUGGUCUGUCUGCUCAGAGUUGGGAGUUUAGUUGUGGAUGGACUCCGGGUUAUCCUGAGAACAGCCCCAGAUGCAGCAGGCUCAGCUCUAAGGGUGCAGGUGAGCAGCGUCUCCAAAGGCCAGUCCCUUCGUGAAAGAAGAAGAACCUGAUUUAAAAUCACAGAUAUUUAAACACCUGGGCAGUAUAUGGAUAAUUUAAAGAAGACAGCACUUAUUUUUCUAGGACAUAUUUUGGGGAAUUCCUUGCAUCUAGUGCAGCUCUGAUUUUCAUCCAGAUAUUGGGCUUUUUCCAAGUUACAUUCUACAGCUGCAGAUCCUGCUACUCUUCUGCACUCUGCAGUCACCAGGAAUGACAUCCCAUUUUAAUGUGUAAUUCUGUCAGCAGCACAUAUUGUUCUAACCAGCAAUUUUCAACUUGAAUGCCUGAAGAAUUGCUAGCAGAAACAGGGAACCCUUAAGAAAUUACGUACGCAGGCUUCUCUAUAACAUACAGAAACUUGUACGUUUUUCACUGCCUUUUGUGAACCCCCCAAAAUAAGUCACAGGACUCCAGGUGUCUGUGGUGCCCAGGCUGGAAAGCUCUCUCCAAACUGGGUGGCAGGAGCAUCCCGACUCUCGCAGUGAAUUCCCGGCCAUUCCGGUGAUGCUGCAGCAACGGCUGUUGGCGCAGGCAAGCCGAGCCAGACCCACGCCGAUACCUACCGAGCGUCUGCAGGAGACACCACAUCACGAGUGAACACAGUCCCAACGAGCAGCAAGCAGAAAAUAUUCGGGCAUUCCUGCCUAAACUUCUCCUUUCACCACCUGCAUCUAAGAGGUGCCCUAUUGCAGGGGGGUUUCUUGUCUCAGGUAACAGAAACAGCAGCAGCAGCUGCCUCAGUUUUGCCGCCUUAACAUAAACAUCUCACAGCGAAGGCUGCCUCGAGCCACCACAAUGUUCCUUCCAGAGGCUCCAGAACAUUCCCGGGAAGGCCAGUGGGGGCUGGCACGGCCUCAGCCCGCCCAGAAACAGCUCCAGGCCUCAGUUCUGGUACAACACAACUGAGAACCGUUUUUAAACUCUCCUCAGCCUGGCAAAGAAAAUGGGUAGCUUUCCUGUUGCAGCCAACCAACACCCAGUUACCAAAAUAAUCCCCUUGAAACUGUUU